UCCAUCACUUGAAAUACACAAAAUGUAUUCCCUCAAGUCAUUAUUCACAAUUUUAUUCUUUCCAUUUCUUCUUCUCUCCAUUUCUGCUCAUAGAUACACUCAUCGCGCUCGUGCUCCUUGUAAAGAAAUGGUAUUUUUCUUUCACGAUAUAGUUUAUAAUGGGGAAAAUUAUAAAAACGCGACUUCAGCUAUAGUCGGUGCGCCUGAAUGGGGCAAUAGGACCAUAAUGUCAAGCCCUAACAACUUUGGGGACAUGAUUGUAUUUGAUGACCCUAUUACCCUUGAUAAUAAUUUACAUUCACCACCAAUUGGAAGGGCACAAGGGAUGUAUUUUUAUGAUCAAAAAGAUACUUUUAGUUCUUGGCUUGGCUUUUCAUUUGUGUUUAAUAAUACUGAUUAUAAAGGGAGUUUAAAUUUUGCUGGACAUGAUCCAUUGAUGAAUAAGACUAGGGAUAUUUCAGUAAUUGGUGGUACUGGUGAUUUUUUCAUGACUAGAGGAAUUGCAACAUUGAGUACUGAUGCAUUUGAAGGAAGUGUCUAUUUUCGACUUCGCGUUCAUGUUAAGUUAUACGAGUGUUGGAAAUUACUAUGAUGCAACCCUUCUCUGGAUACUUGAGUAUAGCAAAAGCUUAGUGCACUGGACUGUCAUUUUCUCUGGAUUCUUGAGUAUAGCGAAAGCUUAGUGCACUAGACUGUCCUUUUUUGCCUGAUUGGCUUUUUUAUGUUGAUUUUCUUGACUUCUCUUUGUUGUUUUUUUUUAAUUUGUGUGGUUAUUGAUUUUGUUUCAUCCUUCAGUUUAAUUUCUUUAUGGAGGUUUCAAUUUAUAAUAAGCUUUUAGAGUGCAUAUCAUAUAUGAAAUCUUUGGGAGCCAAUUAA